AUGGGGGACACGGCUCCCCCCCAGGCCCCGGAUCUCGGGGCCGGUCUCCUGGGAGGGGGCGCGGUGGCCCCCCGGGUGCACAGCGCCAUCGUGGAGCGGCUGCGAGCCCGCAUCGCCGUCUGCCGCCAGCACCACCAGAGCUGCGAGGGACGCUACGAGCGGGGCCGGGCGGAGAGCUCGGACCGCGAGCGGGAGAGCACCCUGCAGCUGCUGAACCUGGUGCAGCACGGCCAGGGGGCCAGGAAGAGCGGCAAGCACAGCAAGGGGGCGGGCAGCGCCGGCCCAGCUCCCUCUGCCGCGCCGCCGGACUGUCACCCGCAGCUGGUCAGCAACGGGGCUGCUGGGGGCAGGAGUGGGAUCAAUGGGGAGCAGCAGCAGCCGGGCUCUGCGGUCGACGGGGGGCAGAGGAACUCGGCCCUCAUUGCGCUCCAGGGCUCCUUGAAGAGGAAGUUGGUGGUAAAUCUAUCACCUGUUAACAAGAGACCCAAUGGUAUUUCAGAUAACUCUUUCCUUGAUAUUAAGAGGAUACGAGUGGGUGAUAAUCUUUCUAUGGGACAAGGUGGACAUGUUAACAAUUGCCAAAGCCAGUCAAUGUCAGGAACCUUGUCUAUGGGGCAAGGAUCACAAAGAAAGACCAGCAACCUAACAAACAGUAUCCACUCUAGUGGGCAUAUAUUUAAUAUGCCUUUGAAAGAGGUCAAGAAAGAACCAGGAGAAACCAUAUCUUGCAGCAAACACCUGGAUGAUCAGAUGUCCCAUGAAAACAUUUUCCCUAACAGAUACGGGGAAGAUACAGGGGAACAGAUGAUGGACCCAGAGCUUCAGGAGCUGUUUAAUGAACUGACUAACAUAUCGGUGCCACCAAUGAGUGACCUUGAACUAGAAAAUAUGAUAAAUGCCACCAUAAAACAAGAUGAGCCGUUUAACAUUGAUCUUGGGCAGCAAAACCAGAGAGGCACUGCUAGAUCUUCUCUACAGAUGGAGAAAAUAGUGAUAAAGAGUGAAUAUUCGCCAGGCUUGAAUCAGGCACCUGUGGGCUCCCCUCAAAUGAGGCCUUCUUCUACAGGACCAGCCUUCACUAUGUCCAGUGCUGCCAUGUCCACCUCUUCACCAAUCCCUUCGGUGCCUCAGAAUCAAGCACAGUCAUCGCAGGUCUCUUCUGUCUCAAAUCGGUCAUUGACUAACUGGCAAGAAGUAUCUCAUGCCCAGCAGCUAAAACAAAUAGCAGCCAACCGACAACAGCAUGCCUUGAUUCAGCAGCAGCAGCAGCAGCAGCAAAACCAGCCAUCCAGCUGGCCCACCUUGUCCCCAUCAGGCCCUUCCCCAGGACAAUUUGUACAAGAGAAAAUUCCCAGCCCUUCCUUUCGUCAGCAGCAGUUUAGCCCCCAAAGUUCAGCCAUGCCUGGGGUACCUGUCAAUGGGAAUCAGUCCAAAGCGAUGAAUAACUAUAUCUAUAAACCAAAUGCCACAACCCAGAGCAGCCCCAUUGACAUCGUAAUGCAACCAAAGCCUCAGGAUCUCAACAGAAACUUUAUAAACAACACUCAAUCACCACUAGAGCAGCAUCAUGGCAACACAAAACCUUUGUGUCAUUUUAACUCAGAGCAAACUAACCAGCAGAUGCCUUCAGUUUUGGGAUCCCAAAGCAAGCCUUCUAUUCUGCACUAUCCUCAGCAGCUACAGAGCCCUGUUGCAGUGCAACAGCAACAGCAGCAACCUACUCAACCUCUCCAAAACCAGCCUCUUCAAAGGCCACCAAACGUAUCCUUAGCAUUGCAGCAGAAGAUGAUACUUCAGAAAAUGCAGCAAAGCCAACAGAUCUCAGGACUGCAGUAUCCCGUCUCUCAACAGCACAGACAGGAUCAACACUCUGUGAUAGGUCAAGGUACAGGCCCCAGUCCAAGUUCCAGUACUUGCUCGAAUCCAAACACUGGAAGUGGUUACAUGAACUCAUCCCAGCAAUCAACGUUGAAUCAGCAACUGAUGGAAAAGAAACAGGCGUUGCAGAGGCAGAUGAUGGAGCAAAAGCAGCAGCUCCUUCUACAGCAGCAGAUGUUGGCAGAAACAGAGAAAAUCACUCCUCAAGAUCAAUUGAACAGACACUUGACGAGGCCACCACCAGAUUACAAAGACCAGAGAAGGAAUGUGGUCAGCAUGCAACAAGCAAACCAGUAUUCUGGUGGUUCUCCGGCAGUGAGUAUGAGCUCCAAUCUGUCUUUGUCAAAUCCUAUUUCAACUCAUAGCAUUUUGUCACAGAAUUCUAGCCUUUUGUCAACUCCCCAUGGAACCAGAAUGCCUUCUAUUCCAGCAGCCCGGAACAUGGGCUGUUACAGAAACAUUCCUUGCAAUCCACCAAGCUCAUACAACGUGACAUCAGGAAUGAACCAAGUGCAGCAACACAGAAACCAAAACCAAAUCAUAACCAGUCAAAAUAACCUCAUGAUGUCUUGCCAGCCAGCCCUGGCACAAGGAAACAACAUAACAGCUUUUGGGACUGGAUCAGCUGUUAACUCUCAGCAACUGAGAGCAGGUUUAAACCACGGAGCAACAGGUAUCCCAGCACAAAGACCAUCGAAUGUGAUGAUCACUUCCAGUGCUGCUGCUCAGAACUGGGCCGCUCAAGAGGCAGCAACGAAGCAGCAGGAUGCAUUGAAACCUACAGGAGUUCGUUUCCCGACGAGCAUUCCAUAUCCUAACCAGUCUCUGCAGCGCUCCAUAGGCAACCCGCAGUUUCCUCAGCAUGCUAUGGCACCUCCAAACCAAUUAACAACAGCAGGGCAAAUGAGACCUCCUGUAAACCAAAUGAACCAAACAAUAAAUGGACAACCUGUUGGGUCACUAAGAGGUUUAAGUGUAGGGGCUAACCAGAUCAGAGCACAGACUGUGCCUAACGUGAAUCAACCAGGAACAAAUAUGACACCACCAUCAUCCCUGCCGUCAACCAGUUUUACAUCUACCAACCAAAACUCUAGGGCUUACCAAGGAACUGACCGUGGGAAUGACUUAGCCUUUGACUUUCUUAACCAGCAUGGUGACAAUAUAGGGCCUGCACUCAACAGUGAUUCAGACUUUAUAGACUCUUUAUUGAAAACAGAGCCUGGUAAUGAUGACUGGAUGAAAGACAUCAACCUUGACGAAAUCUUGGGGAACCACUCAUAAGAGACAAUGCUGAUGAUAAAACAUACAUGCUCUAAGUACUAGGAGGCAGGAUUGACUAUAGCUCUCUCUUUAAAGUUCCAAAAAUCUGCUUUAUUAAUUUACUCUCCAGUGGUUGGGCUGUCUAAGAACCAAUGGUUUAAAAUAAGGAACCACGUGGAGAGAUUGCUUUGUUUGAAGAGAUUGUCUAAAAACAAAAUCUGAUUCUAAAUCUUACCCCAGAUAAAGUAUAAUGUAGGGUGAUAUACUUGUCAAACUAAAAACAGAUGAGGGGGUUUGUGGCCAACACAUUAGAACUGCACCUGUUGUUCUCAUGGGAGCUGUCUACAUUUGGCUUAGGAUUGUGUAUAACAUGAAUUCUGCAAACAGAGAUCCUGAACAGUGUGCAGAUCAUGAAACUUCACGUCUCAGAUGCAAGUGGCCACCUCACUAUGGGCUUGACUCCAUGCAGUCCGGAACAAAUUGCUCAGUGCUCUCCCCUCUCAUUGAGAGUACUCGGUGCCUCCCAAAAUCAGGCCCUCUGUACAACUAAUUCUUGUAUGUUAUAAAAAUUGUUUACUUCUACAUAGUAGAAACUCGCAUUUUUCCUUUCAAUUGAUUUCAUUUUAAACCACCUAACUUGUGUAGAAAAGGGCAAGUGGUUCCUUUCAAGGAAGGAGGAAAGCGGUUUGUGUGAGACACACCCCAGAGUGGUCACUAGCUCUUACCCUGUCUCCUGGGAUUUGGUUUGUUGUAACAAGGGAGGCCGUUUCUCCAAUAGGUAACAAGUUCAGUGUAGUUUCUGGUGUAAAUAUGCCAUCAGCCAUUCCAAAGUUCAAGGGCCAAAUUUUGCUCCUUUGCUCUCACAGAUGGUGCCAGUGACUUGAAUGAACAGCUUGAGUGAGAUAGAAGUGGAAGAUUUGGCCCCAAAAGAAUACUUCCCCACUCCGUAUCUGAGUUCCACAUGUACCCAACUAUUCGCUUCAUCCUUGCUCAAGCGCUGGGAUAUAUGUGCAUAUGAGAAGACUUCCAUUUUGAUUCAGUCUGACAACAUGCAGAGUGACUCCUGUGGAGAGUAUCCGUAGCUCUCUCAUUCACCAGGUCGAGGGAGUCAGAAGAGAGACACGCUUGAGCACUAAAAGUGCUGAUGACGGUUUGACGGAUGCUCACUGUGGGUCAGAUUCCGAUCCCUUUACUCAGGUUGAGUCGUCCCUUGCUCUCUGAGUUGAAACCAAGAUGUACAGCUGAUGUACUGAAAUCGAUGGGACUACUUGCAGCGUGAGGUACCCUUCAGACAGAGUCAAGGUACCAGAAUCUGGCCCUACAAACUAGUUAAUUCACAGCCUGGUUAAAACAAUGGGGAGUCAGACUAACAUGGCUACUCCUCUGAAACCUGACAGCCUGGUUACUCUCCCAGUCACUCUCCUAGCAGGAGGAUGAGGGAAGGGAUUCUGCCAGCAAGGUGAGAAAGAUGUUGCUUGCGCUGAUGUGGUGAGGAACCUUCAAGAGGUUGUCUGAGUCAGAUAAGGCUAGGGAAUAUAGAGCCCAUUUGCAGAUGCCUGGAGAUGACCAGAAACAUAUUGCUUCAAAAGGUAUCACUAUACCACCAUUACAGGUUUUAAUUGAUCCAUCAUUUCUUUGUGGAGAAGUUCCUUCUUGGGGACUCCUGGCAUAUACACACACAAGAGCAACAGCUUCAGCACCCUUGGAGAGAGGGCAACAUGUUCCCACAAUGCACUUUCCCAGCUGUGCUGGCCAGAGCAGGUGGGGUCAGAGCUAUGGUCCUAUCCUUGCCUCUCCCCCUUUCAGACACCACGAAGGUGAAAUGGAGGUGGGUGAGGAGGAAACUUCUCUACACCCUCCCUGCUUUAUGUGCCUGUGCAGAGCCUGGCCAGAGUCUUACUCUGAGCAAUAAGGUAGGACUCCAAGAAGGAGAGUUGCUUUGGAAUGGUGGAGAGGAGAAGACAUGCAUGGCUCAAGAGGUGGUGAUGUCUGGAGGGAUUUAUCUCCAAGGAGACUCAGAUCAGCAGCCUCUUCGACAUCUUUAGAAAAGGUACAUCAGCCUCCCAGUGCAGGGGGCCAGGGCUCUGACUAUAUUUCUAACCCACCCAGACACUCCCUUUCUGGAAUGUUCAGCACUGCCAGAACCAAUAGCCGCUCUCCCCCAGCCACACCCCUCAGGCUCAGGGAGCAGGACUGCCUCCUCUGUCUGAUCACUAAGGAAUGGAAGGGCAGAUAUUACUUAGCCCAAAAAACAAAAUAACUUUUCAGCACAAGUCACAUAACGUCCCACCUUGAUUUAGAGAGAAGAGAUAUGGACAUAUGGGAAUAAGGUGAUACCAGGGGUGUGAGCCUGCGCUCCCUGGCACCUGUAGAAAUGAGGAGCAGUUCCAUUUCUGUAAUGGAGUUACACCAGUUUAAAUCAGGUGUAGGAUCAAAAUCAGCCAACCUCUGUCACCCAUACACAGUGUCAGUGAGCUGAUCAGCAGCGAUGCUAAAGCUCUUGCGUGAGUGAGUGAUUUCCUGUUCGACAGUGGCUGAGUAUGCACUCCUUCCUCACUGCUUUUAUCACAAGCCCCGAGCAAGUGGGCUGGUAACCACCUGACAUAGCAUAUGUACUCAUGUGCCACUGCUGUCCAAUAGCAAGGAGCCCCCUACCACUGUCCUAACUCAGCAAAACUUGCAUUUUUUCCCUGAACAUUGAAGACGAGAUCCUCAGCUGGUGUAAAUGGGAACAGCUGAGAAUCUGCCCCAAACACUACACAAUUUGGCCCUCAGCCUAAUCCAGCAUCCCUUGAAGUUAAUGGGAAUCUUUCCAUUGAUGGCCAGCAUUGGAUAAGGCCCUUAACUGAGUCUAAAUUCUGUCACAAUUGUAUUAAACAAUAUAUAUUUUAAAUAAAUUUAAACUCACAUGCAGCAAAGGCCAUUUACUGCCCUGUUAAGAUAUACACGUUACAUUUUAAAUGUGAGCUUAUGAAUGCCUUUUGUGACCAAAACUUGAAUCCAGUCUCAGUUCUUAAGAACCCCCGUCUCUUUAAAACGAUCUCUCUCUGUGUAACAAUGGCUGCAUGCACUACCCUUAUAUUAUAUUUGUCACCCUAGACCAGGAGCUCUUUGCAGUACUGGGUUGUAAAUGUAAAGAUUUAUUUGUUUUGUAAACUUUUGUAAAAACAAGAAAUUAUUAAUAAUAUUUUGGUAGGAAUAAUAAAAUCAUAUUCUUUGGGUUAUAUUUAUAUAUAUAUGAAAUAAAUAUACUAUCUACAAAGUUGUAUUUUAUACAAAAAGUAAAUGGUUACCUUUUGUAUUCUAAUAUACAAAGUUUUGUAUGGUAUGAUUGCUUAUUUUCAUCCUCGAACUUAAACAUUGGGUUGUGGGGGAGGACAGAAUGGGACCUUUGGGAUCUUUCCGUUGAUUUCAAGUGGCUUUGGAUCAAGCCUUUAAAAAUACUUCAGACACAUUCAGAUCUGAAGCUCUCCUGAAACCUCAACAUGAAAACAUUCCAGGUUUCAACACUUUUUUUAUUGUAGCUUUUGGGGUUUUUUAUAUAUAACUGUCAUGUCCUUGUUGCAUGUAUGUCUGCUUUAUACUUUCUCAUAUUAUAAACCAGUAUUUCUCUAUACAAACUGAAAGGAAAAAUUGCUGUACAUAAAUAUUUGUGUUUUAUGCAUUUUUACAUGUGGCUGUAUAUACCUCCUAGUACUAUGCAGUGAUACUUAUUCGACUCCAUUUAUUUUUCACCUAAACAUUAAUAGUAAGUUUUUUUUCAAUAGCUAUCAAAAUUCCACCAAGUAAAUCAGUCAAAAUGUCCUGGAUGUCUCUUUCCUUAAUGUGAAUUUUAUCAUUAAUGUCUAUUUAUUCAAAUAUUCAUUUGUUUCAUUAAAUUACAGGAAUAUUUUGAAAAAAUGCAUCCUACAACUUCUAUUUGCUAAGACUGUCCAUCUGAGAGGGAGAUUUGAUUUUUCUAUAGGUUGAGGCAAUAUCUUCAUUGUUAUAAAUAAUUACUACAGUAAAGUUAUAUGUAUCACAACAUUUUAACAUCUGGUUCACACUUUAUAUGAAGGCUCCAUUCAUAAAUAGAUUAUAAGGCACUUAUUAUUAAGAGUUAAAUGAUGAAUAGAUUUUUUAGUAAAGGGUAAAUCUGUCGUUACAGAGUUUAGCUGGUCAGUCAUUUGCUUAUGACCGUAUAUAGUAUCUUCCACUGGUGUGCUUAUAACCAUUUGUAAACUCAUGUUUAUAACAUACUUGUAGCAUAUAUUAAUAAUUUACUAAUCCUUUAUAAGCCUUUUAUAAAUGGAACCUUAAUAGAAAGGUGUGAUAAAAAUCUGCAUGUUUUGAGCUAUUGGAAUAUGAUUUGACAUUUACAUGAGUCAGAAAUAUCAGAGUACUAGAAUAUUUUAAAUGGAACUAACAUUUUUUCUCGAGUCUAAAUUGUGUCUAUUAAGCAGUGAUUCCCUUCUAGUUUAAUUUAAAUUCAGUAUCCAUGUAUCAUUACAUGUUAUCAUACUCUCAAAGAAUUUCAACAUAUACAAGA